AGCCACCACCGGAGCCGGAGCGGGAGCCCGACCGCGCCGGGCUGGGCUGGGCUGGGCUGGGGCGGGCUCAGGGCGCAGGGGCGGGCGCGCGGGGGAAGACGCACGGGCGGGCUCGGCUUUCCCGGGGAGCGGCCCGGGACUGCACCCCGACCGGCGCCUCCCCGCUCCGCGCUGCCCUCGGCCUCGCCCCGGGCCCGGGCGGAUGAGCCGCGCGCCCGGGGGACAUGGAAGCGUUGACGCUGUGGCUUCUCCCCUGGAUAUGCCAGUGCGUGUCGGUGCGGGCCGACUCCAUCAUCCACAUCGGUGCCAUCUUCGAGGAGAACGCGGCCAAGGACGACAGGGUGUUCCAGCUGGCUGUAUCGGACCUAAGCCUCAACGAUGACAUCCUGCAGAGCGAGAAGAUCACUUACUCCAUCAAGGUCAUCGAGGCCAACAAUCCGUUCCAGGCCGUGCAGGAAGCCUGUGACCUCAUGACCCAGGGGAUUUUGGCCUUGGUCACGUCCACCGGUUGUGCAUCUGCCAACGCCCUGCAGUCCCUCACAGACGCGAUGCACAUCCCGCAUCUCUUUGUCCAGCGCAACCCAGGGGGCUCUCCGCGCACCGCCUGCCAUCUGAACCCCAGCCCCGAUGGCGAGGCCUACACGCUGGCCUCCAGACCGCCUGUGCGCCUCAAUGACGUCAUGCUCAGGCUGGUGACAGAGCUGCGCUGGCAGAAGUUUGUCAUGUUCUACGACAGCGAGUAUGAUAUCCGCGGGCUCCAAAGCUUUCUGGACCAGGCCUCGAGGCUGGGCCUUGACGUGUCUUUACAAAAGGUGGACAAGAACAUUAGCCACGUGUUCACCAGCCUCUUCACCACGAUGAAGACGGAGGAGCUGAACCGCUACCGAGACACGCUGCGCCGUGCCAUCCUGCUGCUGAGCCCGCAGGGGGCGCACUCCUUCAUCAACGAGGUUAGGUUUGAUGCAGAGCACUCCAGUCCACAAUCCAUUUUGGCCCUGGGCUUCAUCUCAUCUUCUUGGAGGAGAUUCUAUCCAUCCAUGUGUCCAUGUGUCCACCCACCUGUCCAUGCAUCCGCUGUGGAGACCAACCUGGCUUCCAAGGACAGCCACUGGGUCUUUGUGAAUGAGGAAAUCAGUGACCCAGAGAUCCUGGAUCUGGUCCACAGCGCCCUUGGCAGGAUGACUGUGGUCCGGCAGAUCUUCCCUUCUGCAAAGGACAACCAGAAAUGCAUGAGGAACAACCACCGCAUCUCCUCCUUGCUCUGCGACCCCCAGGAAGGCUACCUCCAGAUGCUGCAGAUCUCCAACCUCUACCUGUAUGACAGUGUCCUGAUGCUGGCCAACGCCUUCCACAGGAAGCUGGAGGACCGGAAGUGGCACAGCAUGGCAAGCCUCAACUGUAUCCGAAAGUCCACCAAGCCGUGGAAUGGAGGGAGGUCUAUGCUAGACACAAUCAAGAAGGGCCACAUCACUGGCCUCACAGGCGUGAUGGAGUUUCGGGAAGACAGCUCGAAUCCCUACGUGCAGUUUGAGAUCCUUGGCACGACCUACAGUGAGACCUUUGGUAAAGACAUGAGGAAGCUGGCGACGUGGGACUCGGAGAAGGGCCUGAAUGGCAGCCUGCAGGAAAGGCCCAUGGGCAGCCGCCUCCAAGGACUGACUCUCAAAGUGGUGACUGUCUUGGAAGAACCUUUUGUGAUGGUGGCUGAGAAUAUUCUUGGACAGCCCAAGCGCUACAAAGGGUUCUCCAUCGAUGUCCUGGAUGCACUGGCCAAGGCUCUGGGCUUCAAAUACGAGAUUUACCAGGCCCCCGAUGGCAGGUACGGUCACCAGCUCCAUAACACCUCCUGGAACGGGAUGAUCGGGGAGCUCAUCAGCAAGAGAGCAGAUCUGGCCAUCUCCGCCAUCACCAUCACCCCGGAGAGGGAGAGCGUUGUGGACUUCAGCAAGCGGUACAUGGACUACUCGGUGGGAAUCCUCAUCAAGAAGCCCGAGGAGAAAAUCAGCAUCUUCUCCCUCUUUGCUCCAUUUGAUUUUGCCGUGUGGGCUUGCAUUGCGGCAGCCAUCCCCGUGGUUGGUGUGCUGAUCUUCGUGUUGAACCGGAUUCAGGCCGUGAGGGCUCAGAGUGCAGCCCAGCCCAGGCCCUCUGCUUCCGCCACCUUGCACAGCGCCAUCUGGAUUGUCUACGGAGCCUUCGUACAGCAAGGUGGAGAAUCCUCAGCGAACUCCAUGGCCAUGAGAAUUGUGAUGGGCAGCUGGUGGCUCUUCACUCUCAUCGUGUGUUCCUCCUACACAGCCAAUCUCGCCGCCUUCCUCACGGUGUCCAGGAUGGACAACCCCAUAAGGACGUUCCAGGACCUGUCCAAGCAAGUGGAGAUGUCCUACGGCACUGUCCGGGAUUCUGCUGUGUACGAGUACUUCCGAGCCAAGGGCACCAACCCUCUGGAGCAAGACAGCACGUUUGCUGAGCUCUGGCGGACCAUCAGCAAGAACGGAGGGGCUGACAACUGUGUGUCCAGUCCUUCUGAAGGCAUCAGGAAGGCAAAGAAGGGGAACUACGCCUUUCUCUGGGAUGUAGCCGUGGUGGAGUAUGCAGCGCUGACGGAUGAUGACUGCUCUGUGACCGUCAUUGCCAACAGUGUGAGCAGCAAGGGCUAUGGCAUCGCCCUGCAGCACGGCAGCCCCUACAGGGAUCUCUUCUCGCAGAGGAUCCUGGAGCUUCAGGACACUGGAGACCUGGAUGUGCUCAAGCAGAAGUGGUGGCCGCACACGGGCCGCUGCGACCUCACCAGCCACGCCAGCGCCCAGGCGGAUGGCAAGUCCCUCAAGCUGCACAGCUUCGCUGGAGUCUUCUGCAUCUUGGCCAUUGGCCUCCUCCUCGCCUGCCUGGUGGCUGCCCUGGAGUUGUGGUGGAACAGCAACCGGUGCCACCAGGAGACCCCCAAAGAGGACAAAGAAGUGAAUCUGGAGCAGGUCCAUCGGCGCAUGAAUAGUCUAAUGGAUGAAGACAUUGCUCACAAGCAGAUUUCUCCAGCGUCCAUUGAGCUCUCGGCCCUGGAGAUGGGGGGCCUGGCUCCCAGCCAGGCCUUGGAGCCCACGCGAGAGUACCAGAACACGCAGCUCUCGGUCAGCACCUUCCUGCCGGAGCAAAGCAGCCACGGCACCAGCCGGACACUCUCAUCAGGGCCCAGCAGCAACCUGCCUCUGCCACUGAGCAGCUCGGCCACCAUGCCCUCCAUGCAGUGCAAACACAGGUCGCCCAACGGGGGGCUGUUCCGCCAGAGCCCGGUGAAGACCCCCAUCCCCAUGUCCUUCCAGCCCGUGCCUGGAGGCGUCCUUCCGGAGGCCUUGGACACCUCCCACGGCACCUCCAUUUGACCGCGCCGCCUGCCCUCCUGCCCGCCCAUCCACCCACCCGACCAGCAGAGCUUUUUAAUACCAGAAAACUACAACACAAACCACACACACGCGCGCGCGUGCGUGCGCGCACACACACACACAGAGACUCUUUCAUUUUUCUUGUAUAUACGUGUAAAUAAUGACAGAAUGGAGUGGGGUAAAAGUGUAUUUUGAAUAUUCCCAAUUUUCGAAGUCAGUAAAAAAAAAAAACAAAACCUGUAUGAAUGACUUUGUAAAUUUUGUUCUAUAUGAAUAAAAUGGCAAAUUACUUGUGA